UAUAAUCGGUCGGGCGUAUUUGUGUUGUUUUGCUUUUUUUGAUGUGAAAUAUUUCUAAAUUAAACAUAAAUAAGGGACAUAAGUGUAAUGGUAGUAUUGCUCUAAGGUUAUUUAACGGUUUCAGCACCAAAUAGUACAAACACGACGCACGGCUGCAAGUUGUGAUACGAAACGACGCAUUGCCUUAAAUAUACAACAACAAGAGCACUAUAAAAUUUAAAGUUUAAAUGCAACAACUGAAAUUAGCUAGUAAUGUUAAUUAUAGUCGUGUUCUAAGUCAUGGAUGCAACAGCCCAGUCAAAUGCCUACACCGGCAAAUCGAAAGCAGCCGAAGAAACAGCCGCCAGCGUCCCCACGGAAUCGUCGUCGUCGGAGCAAGAGCCGGUGCCGGCGCCGGUGUUGCCGGCUGCGUCGGCGCCUGGUUCCCCACACGACAGCCGGCACGGUCGCGAUGGAAGUAAUUGGCGACAUGGGGAUCAUUGGCGGCACCAACAGAACUCGGAGCACUAUGGACAGCGAAGGAUGAACGAGGAACGGGUCUGGGACAGAGACAGGGACUGGGACAGAGUCAGUGACUCCUUCCGCCAGUAUUCAUCGAAUGGUUAUUGGCGUCCACCAAACGACCACCACUGGCAGCGCAACGAUUAUUCGGAUAAAUAUAAUAAUAAUUAUGGUGAAGAGAGAUUUUACAGGUACGAUUAUAAGCGCAAAACAAGCGCAGAAGGCUACUACAAAGGCCCUAAAAUAAGUAAAAAUCUCGAUCAAUAUCUCGAAUCAAAUCAACGGAAAAAAACCAAAAACAAUUGUGAAUCAAAAGAAGCUUCCAAAGCGGAUUUCUGUCCGCUUGAGACCCAAAACGAAUCCAAUGAAAACCCAGAAAAUACAAAAGUUCUUUCAGAACUAGAAGAAAUAACAAAAGGUUGGAAAAAUUGUUCAAGAAAAUGGUACAGGCCUACCAUAACUAAAACAAUCGAUCAAAGUUACAAUUUAAAUGAACUGAAAGAAGCUAAAAGCCCUUACCUACUGAACACGCCAAUCAAUUGGAGAGAAAAUACAUUUUGUGGCCAGUCAGUUCAAGAAACAGGAGCUCCAGGAGAUGAUGCUAGUCAAAGCGAAGUUCCCCUAGAGCAAUACAGCCUUUUAGAGGAAUUCCGCAAGUUUUUUCCUCAGUCAGCAGCAGAAUCUGAGUCUUAUCAAACAUAUCCACAGAUCAGAGUACGUCCCUUGGCGCAUCUGCUUAGGCAGGAGAUCCAAGCCGUGACCGAGGAGAACUGUCUGGGUUCCACAGCCACAGCUGAAAAACCUGCCACCACACCGGAAAAGUCUUCAGGUGUGGAAAAACCUGCAAACCCUUUAGCCCACAAACCUGCGCCUAAAAAUCGCGGAUCUACUGUCUAUGGUGUCAUCAAUGAACACCUCGCCAGCCUAGACAAGGAGAGUCUCAAGAAUAUAAUCCACAACGGUGACCCGAUAUACGACGAGUCGCUCCAGUUCCAGGCGCGCAAACUACUCCGCGUGGAGAUACGUCGCCAGCUGAAGGAAUUGGAAAAGCCCAAGGAUAGUCCGGUCAGGGAACUGAUUCCGGACCAGAUCGUUGAUGCCAUCAAAUUUCCAACAUUUCUGCUGCAUGAGAUUGAUUUUGGCCCAGACAUAUCAAAGCCAGAAGAGCAGGAAAUUAAUUUUGAGAAUAUUAAAAUCAAAACAGAACCUAACAUUAAGAGCGGGGAGUGCACUGAAAUCAAUUCAGAACCAAAAUACAAUUCUAGUCCUCAGUGCUGUCCAAAUAAAGAACAAAAUUCUAGUCCUCCAGAGCAGGACAAGUCAACAGAGUGCAGUAAAAAGUGUUCCGAAGAUAUGUCCACCGAAACAGUGAGAAUGGCUGGUGCCAAGGAUCUGAUGGCACGGCUCAAAGCCGCCGACGUUCUCAAGUGUGUGACGGGAGUACGCCAGUAUAGUGGCCGUCCCAAAGGCAGCUUCCCGCCUCGUGGUCCUUUGGUGCCGUUUCCAAAACAAAACAAAAAAUUGAACAACAUCGAGAGGCCGGCGCGUAUAAAAAUAAGUGAUUCCUUGGCCAAGAACGACAAACAAAAGGCGCCUGGUUACAAAGGAAACUCCACAGCACAGGGUGCCAGUCCAGAACCCAUAAUAGCGAUCAAACAGGAGAUUAAAGACUGCGAAAUGGUUCUACCAACAAUGAUAAAUACCACAAUAGUUGUCAGCUCCUCCUCGGAUGAGGAUGAAGCUGAUGAGGAGACAACCCAGCAGCGUGAGAAUCCAAAACCCGUGGCAAAACCCAACGAUGAUGCCAGUGAUGAUUCCACCAGUUCCCAGCGCAGCAGCGAGUCCUCGAAGCGACGCUACCUGCAGAAGCUCAAGAGCGAUGCCGACAACGUGGUGGACAGUUUCGAAAAGUUGAUCCUGCCGCACCUCAAGCAAUCGCUGGUCGAGACAUACAGAAGCCAGCACUGCGGCAGUCAGUACACUCGUCUGCACUUUAUAUCGUGCGUGGUGACAUCCAGCGAAUAUAACUCGCAAAGCAUCAGCAAAAUGGAAAUUGCCAAAGUGCAAAAGAAUCUCAAACAGCCAAACAAUCGUCUGGGCAUUGAGUUCCUGCUGCGGCAAAUUGUCCAUGUGGUUAAUCAACAGAAGCAGCAGGCGGCGGCACAGCGGCGCAAGGAGCAGGAGGAGCAAAAGCUGAGUAAUGGGAUUAGCAUGGUGACGAGAGCCGGCACAGGAAAUGCUGAAGUUGCAAAAGGAACACCUUCGCCGCCGCCACAUCAAAGAGUCGUGGAGGAAACUGCAGUCGCUGCACCACUCCACAAUGAAAGUCCUUGUCAGGUUUCGCCCCCGCUGUCUGCUUAUCAGAGUCCUUUAGCACGUGAGAGCCCACCAGCCUUGCCACUGCUUCAGAAUCCACCAGUAUUGCCACCACGUCAAAGUCCACCAGUAUUGCCCCCACGUGGGAUUAACCAACCAUUUGGCGUUUUUGCGCCGGGAAUACCCUUUCUGGAUUCCACAUUGUCGCGAGUCUCGCCAGGCGUCGGCGGCUAUGGCCUAGCCGAACCAAGUGAACCCAUGGGACUAUUGGAUGACAUGGUGGCCCAAAAUCUGAUCGAUAUCGAUCGCCGUCUCUUGGAGAAUCAGAAUCGACGCAGCUUUCUCGACGAAAUGAUCAUGAAGUUCCAAAAGGAGAAAUCCGAUUUGGAAAUGCACAGCCUGGAGCUGCAAAGCCGCAAGUUUCUGCUGAUCAAUUCAGCGAUCAGCAGGAAGCAUGGGCCUACUACAGCAACAGCUGUUAUGUUGGGUACUCUACCACCCACAACCUCGCCGGCUCCGACAGCAGAGGGUCAGGAAGCAGUUUUAGGAGAGAGUUCUAUCAAAAACAAGGCCAAGCCCAAGGGUCGCUUCCGUCGCGCUGUGGUGGUCAAGUAUUUGCCCAAACGUAGGGCCAUAUUCAAUCGUCGAGCAGCCAAGAGGAACGACAAUUCCGAUAGGUUAGUGGCACAGUUGAAGCUGGAGAUGGCAGCCAAGGAGCAGACUGAAAAAUCCAAAGAGAACUCCCCGGAAAUGCCCUUGCCGGUAAUUGAGCCGGUGAUCAAAGAGGAACCCAUAGAUUUCUGCAAUGCAAUGGAGGUGCAAGUGCAGCGUCCCAUCAUCACCGAAAAUGGUGCCAGCCACAACCACAAACGUUCGGCGGAACCCACUCUCAACCCGACAUCCAAGCCGAAGCAGUCGCGUCAGAGCAAACCAAUUACCAGUACAGUAUCGGGAUCGAAUCCUUCCCAGCAGCCGUUGGCUAUUAUACCACCACUGCCACCACCACCGCCGCCGCCAGAACCUAUCUACAACAUGCCGUACGAACUGCCACGAAGUAUUCUCAAGGCUCCACCGGCACCACCCACGCCCUUGUCCUUGCCGCAGCGAAAUCAUUCGGUUCAGUCCAAUGGGAACCUGGACUCGGACUUGGGCUUUAUACGCAAGGGCCGCCUGCACUUGGUCGUCAGUCCGAUCACCCAGAUACGCAUCUAUAAGAAUUACAUAUUAGCCGCUGCCGAGGAUGGGGACAUCUACAUCUUUAACCUGCACAACCACAAACUGGAACGUCAGAUACCCAAACACGGCGAAGCCAUUACCAAUAUGCAUCUGUGCGAGCAGGAGUCAUUUCUGUAUACCACAUCGUUGGACGGCUUCCUCAAGAAAUCCUCAUUGGAGAAUCUGGAGAGCGUACAGCAAACGGUGUACUUCAAGGAGCCAUUGCAAUCGAUUGAUAUUGCUUGGGAUGCAGCAUUUAUUGGCAGUCGCUGGGGACACAUCUUUGUCUACAAUGUGGUGACCAACAAGAUGAUUGAUUCGCCGCUGCUCUCCACGGGCCAGUCCAUUAUUGCUGUCAAAGCCACCAAGGAGGGCCACAGGAAGAUCAUCAUACUCGGCUGCAAGGGCAACUUUGUGUAUUUGCAUGAUGCGGCCACGGGGCAGUUGUUGCGUCGCCUGGGUGUGCCCAACGGACUGAACGUUUACAGUUUGCUACUCAAUGACGGACACAUCUACUGCGGCACGCAAAAGAACGAGAUCUACAAGUUCGAGUUUGCUAGUGGAAACCUGGUCACCAAGUUGAGCUGCGGCAAUUGUGCCGUCUCCAUGGUCAGCUUCAGGGACAGAUAUUUGCUGAUUGGCUGCUACGAUGGCUUCAUUUACGUCCUGGACAAGCACAAGGGCACCCAGGUGGGUCGGUUCGAGGGUGCUGGACGCUUGGUGCUGGCCCUGGCCAUAGCGGGUGGUAGUAUUGUGACAUCGUCGAAGGAUAACUCGUUGGAGGUGCUCGAAGUACCACCCGAAAUGCUUAAUUCCGAACAACAAUGAGACUACACAUAUAUAUAGAUCAGAUUUAAUUUUAAUAACAAUCACACUCGCGCAUUUGUUUGUAUAUACAUUUACAAUCAUACUGAUAUUUUUCUUCCAUCUGCGAAUGGAUAUCAACAUACUUUUGUGUUCUUUUUGUAUUUACAAUUUGGGCGUAAUAUGUCUGUCGUGAACCGAGAGUAAUAUAAUAAAAAGAAAAGCGCCAAUAAAACGAAAAUAUGUAUGGUAAAUACGUAAUAAUAUG